AUGAUGGUUGUUACGGUGGUUGUUACGGUGGUUGUUACGGUGGUUGUUAUGAUGGUUGUUACGGUGGUUGUUAUGAUGGUUGUUACGGUGGUUGUUACGGUGGUUGUUACGGUGGUUGUUACGGUGGUUGUUACUUACAAUGGUUACGAUGGUUGUUACAGUGGUUGUUACGGUGGUUGUUACGAUGGUUGUUUAAUGGUUGUUACGGUGGUUGUUAUGAUGGUUGUUACGGUGGUUGUUACGGUGGUUGUUACGAUGGUUGUUACGGUGGUUGUUACGGUGGUUGUUACGAUGGUUGUUACGGUUACAAUGGUUACGUUGGUUGUUACGGUGGUUGUUACGAUGGUUGUUACGGUGGUUGUUACGGUGGUUGUUACGAUGGUUGUUACAGUGGUUGUUACGGUGGUUGUUACGGUGGUUGUUACGGUGGUUGUUAGUGGUUGUUACGAUGGUUGUUACGAUGGUUGUUUAAUGGUUGUUACGGUGGUUGUUACGGUGGUUUUUACGGUGGUUGUUACGGUGGUUGUUAUGAUGGUUGUUAUGAUGGUUGUUACGGUGGUUGUUACGGUGGUUCUUACAAUGGUUGUUACAGUGGUUGUUACGAUGGUUGUUACGGUGGUUUUUACGGUGGUUGUUACGGUGGUUGUUAUGAUGGUUGUUAUGAUGGUUGUUACGGUGGUUGUUACGGUGGUUCUUACAAUGGUUGUUACAGUGGUUGUUACGGUGGUUGUUACGGUGGUUGUUACGAUGGUUGUUACGGUGGUUGUUACGGUGGUUGUUACGGUGGUUGUUAUGAUGGUUGUUACGGUGGUUGUUACGGUGGUUGUUACGAUGGUUGUUACGAUGGUUGUUACGGUGGUUGUUACGGUGGUUGUUACGGUGGUUGUUAUUAUGGUUUUUACGGUGGUUGUUAGGGUGGUUGUUACAAUGGUUGUUACAAUGGUUGUUACGAUGGUUUUUACGGUGGUUGUUACGAUGGUUGUUAGGGUGGUUGUUACGAUGGUUGUUACGAUGGUUGUUAGGAUGGUUGUUAGGGUGGUUGUUAGGAUGGUUUUCCUAAACAGAGAGUGUGAGGAGGUGGGGAAGGUAGUGUCCACUGGGUUAGAGAUGUGUGAGGAGGUGGGGAAGGUAGUGUCCACUGGGUUAGAGAUGUGUGAGGAGGUGGGGAAGGUAGUGUCCACUGGGUUAGAGAUGUGUGAGGAGGUGGGGAAGGUAGUGUCCACUGGGUUAGAGAUGUGUGAGGAGGUGGGGAAGGUAGUGUCCACUGGGCUGGAGACGUGUGAGGAGGUGGGGAAGGUAGUGUCCACUGGGUUAGAGAUGUGUGAGGAGGUGGGGAAGGUAGUGUCCACUGGGUUAGAGAGUGUGAGGAGGUGGGGAAGGUAG